AAAGGAAAGGAAAGAAAACAACUGAGAAAAUUGAUCGAGGACCGGCUGGAGAGAGAGAGAGGAGAGAGAGUCUUGAGCGAGAAAGAGAGAGGGAGCUAGGGGUUUGUUCGUUUUCGGAGGAGAAGAGAUGAGAGAGAUUAUAAGUAUACACAUAGGUCAAGCGGGAAUUCAGGUUGGUAACUCAUGCUGGGAGCUCUACUGCCUCGAACAUGGUAUCCAACCCGAUGGCAUGAUGCCUAGUGACACUUCUGUAGGUGUUGCACACGAUGCUUUUAAUACGUUCUUCAGUGAGACCGGUGCAGGCAAGCAUGUACCUAGAGCUAUAUUUGUCGAUUUGGAACCAACUGUAAUUGAUGAAGUUAGGACUGGGACUUAUAGGCAACUUUUCCACCCAGAGCAGCUUAUAUCUGGCAAGGAAGAUGCUGCUAAUAACUUCGCAAGAGGACAUUAUACAGUUGGGAAGGAAAUCGUAGAUCUUUGUCUAGAUCGAGUGAGGAAGUUGGCUGAUAACUGCACUGGUUUGCAAGGAUUCUUAGUGUUCAAUGCUGUUGGUGGUGGAACUGGUUCCGGUCUAGGUUCUUUGUUGUUAGAACGCCUUUCUGUGGAUUAUGGAAAGAAGUCAAAGUUGGGGUUCACCAUCUAUCCUUCUCCACAGGUCUCAACAGCAGUUGUUGAGCCUUAUAAUAGUGUUCUUUCUACUCAUUCCCUCCUGGAGCACACAGAUGUUGCCGUUCUCUUGGACAAUGAAGCCAUAUAUGACAUUUGCCGAAGAUCAUUGGAUAUUGAGAGGCCAACUUACACCAAUUUGAACCGAUUGAUCUCGCAAAUUAUAUCAUCAUUGACAACAUCGUUAAGGUUUGAUGGUGCAAUAAACGUGGAUAUUACUGAAUUCCAGACCAACCUUGUGCCAUACCCCCGUAUCCAUUUCAUGCUUUCUUCAUAUGCCCCCGUCAUCUCUGCUGAAAAGGCAUAUCACGAGCAACUAUCAGUUCCUGAGAUCACAAAUGCUGUCUUUGAGCCAUCGAGCAUGAUGGCUAAGUGUGAUCCAAGACAUGGGAAAUACAUGGCGUGCUGUUUGAUGUAUCGUGGAGAUGUUGUUCCCAAGGACGUCAAUGCUGCUGUAUCCACUAUCAAAACUAAAAGAACUGUUCAGUUUGUUGACUGGUGCCCAACUGGCUUCAAGUGCGGUAUCAACUACCAGCCUCCAACAGUUGUACCUGGUGGGGAUCUUGCUAAGGUGCAGCGCGCUGUUUGUAUGAUCAGCAACAACACAGCCGUAGCUGAGGUGUUUGCACGCAUUGAUCACAAAUUUGAUCUCAUGUAUUCGAAAAGGGCGUUUGUUCACUGGUAUGUUGGUGAGGGCAUGGAGGAAGGAGAGUUCUCAGAAGCCCGUGAAGAUCUGGCUGCUCUUGAGAAAGACUAUGAGGAAGUUGGUGCUGAAGGUGUUGAUGAUGAAGAGGAAGGCGAAGAUUACUGAUGUAAUGUAGGAAGGGAAUACGACUUGAAGUUGGUUCAGUCUAUUGUACUGGUUUGCCCACCACCCUCUCCUCUCUUUGAUGUGUGUGUCGUGUUCACUGUCUUCUUUCUGCCUGCUGUAAAAUUGCCCCCUUUUUCCCUCCCUUAUGUGACAUGAUUAAUGCUUUCAGUCAAUUUAUCCAUUCUGGAAGUAUGGAUGCAGAACAAUUAUAUUGAACUAUUAUGAUUUUCUCGUCCUUUU